AUGGACAUCGACAGCGCUCAACACGUCGUCGAGCAAAUAAACGUCUGCCCGCAUGUCAAGCUUCCUUUUCCAGCGGUGAAAUUGACAUUUUUCAGUGCGACCUUGGAUUGGUCUAAACUACGUUCCUCGUCUCUCUUCAAAGAAACACCCGACUCGAUCAGGGCGGUCAUAAGAGCCGGAAUGGCAAAUAUCGGGUCCGAAAGCAGAUCAAAUAGAGAAAGUGCUGGGAACACAAUCUCUGGAGUCAGUGGCGUCUUGGAAGUGUAUGCGAAAAUGGCAAAGGUGGAGCAUGAAACAAAAAAUGGAACACAGGUCCAAGCAAAAUUGACAACUGCAGACAGUAUUCCGAUCUUGUUCAAAUUGGCAAGCUCCUUGUCGUUUCUGGCCUCAGAUAGACGUUUGAGCAUCGGUUGUUCCCACGCAUACAGUUUGAUGGACUUGACGUUCUGGAACAAUUCGGCAACCAGCGAGGUCCGUGCGUCUUUGAGUGUCAUUUGUUCACGGUGGAACUUUCUCAACGAACGAACCAAGUACGCAUUUAUUGGCAUCAUGAUCACCAUGGUGGCAAUUCCUGCCCAUGUGGCAUUUCCAAGAAGUGCAUGGAGCGAGAUCAGACACAGAACCAGUCUCACUGGUGCGCUGAACAGAGUUUGUACGUACGAAGUCAGAUCUUGCAGUCUGUUGACGUCCACGGCCAUCAGAUUGAUGAUGUCUCCGGUGGAUCUGGUCAUACGACUCUCUGGAGACAGGUUCAUCGACUUCUCGUAG